AUGGAAUCGGAAAUCAAUUCAGCUGAGGGGAGCGUUUUCGUUGGAGACGACAUCGACUGGCAAUCUCUUGACAAGUCCAAGUUCUACGUCUGGUCUUUUGCGUUCUUCAUGGGUGUGCGGACGCUGGUCUACCCGCCCAUUCUUAUCAAGACCAGGCUGCAGGUGCAGCAGGGGCGUUCGCAGUAUCGAGGCACCUUUGACGCAUUCCGCAAGAUAUUCAAGCUGGAGGGAUUCAGAGGCUUCUACAAGGGCUUCCUCACCACAUCGGUGGGCAUCAUUCCCGGCCAGUUCAUGUACAUCACAGUCUACGAGUUUGUGCGACAUCGAAUCAAGUCAUUUUUCCCUACAGACUCGUUGAGAUACGAUGCUCUUCGCAACUUCAUCGGAGGCGGCACGGCUUCGCUGGCCUCGUCCUUGGUGAGCGUGCCGCUCGACGUCAUCUCUCAACUUCUCAUGAUCCAGGACGGAACGGUGAAUAAGCGGAAGUACUCGGGCGGCAUCAACGCGUUUUGCGAAAUUUUGAAGACGGAGGGGGUGCGAGGGCUGUACCGCGGCUAUACGGCGUCGAUGAUGGUCUACGUCCCCUCGUCCGGCAUCUGGUGGGGCACCUACGCCAGCGUCAAGGGCAAGGCCGCCGCAUUCAUCAACGAACAGGGCGGGUUGCUCCGGCAGUUGGAUGUGCUCGUGUUCGGGCUCUGUGGUAUUCUUGCCGGCAGCACUGCCGUGGUGGUGACCAACCCGAUGGACGUAGUCAAGACCCGGCUCCAGGUGCUGGCCUACACCAACCCUCUUCCCCAGCGACUUCGGCCGAAGCAGCGCCGCCGCCGCCGCAGCAGCAGACCACGACCAGCAGCCAGCGGCCACCAAUCGCCUCUUCAACUCGAAGUUAUCAGAAGAUCUCCAUCUGGGCGACCGCCAAGCAACUGCUCCGAGAAGAAGGGCAUCACGGCGCGCAUGAUGUCGAUGGCCCCCGUGUCCUUCCUCAUGACCAUCACCUACGAGCAGGCCAAGCGGCUCUCCGUCAAACAGUAG